AUGUACAGGAGUAUAUUAGUGCUGGUGCUGUUGGGACUGUGUCGUGGUCAGUUUGGACGUCCUGAGAACCAGCUACAGGGAACUGAUUUCGAUGGUGAUGGCAAGCAGGACUUAUCCAAACGGUUUCGAGAGAUAUUUGGCAAACCACCAGAUAUUAUAGCUACUACAGCAACGUCUGCAGAAAAAACGCGAGGCGAGAAUUCAGGUAUCGACAACAACACAUUGAAUUGGUUAAUAAAUGUCCUGAGCCCCAAUGAUACGCAGAUAAGCACCGAAAGUUCUGCGAAGACCUCCGUUCCUGUAACACCUACCAUAGACAACUCCACGGAUGGUGAUGGCAAGCAGGACUUAUCCAAACGGUUUCGAGAGAUAUUUGAUAUUAUAGCUACUACAGCAACGCCUGCAGAAAAAACGCGAGGCGAGAAUUCAGGUAUCGACAACAACACAUUGAAUUGGUUAAAAAAUGUCGUGAGCCCCAAUGAUACGCAGAUAAGCACCGAAAGUUCUGCGAAGACCUCCGUUCCUGUAACACCUACCAUAGACAACUCCAAGGAUGGUGAUGGCAAGCAGGACUUAUCCAAACGGUUUCGAGAGAUAUUUGGCAAACCACCAGAUAUUAUAGCUACUACAGCAACGCCUGCAGCAAAAACGCGAGGCGAGAAUUCAGGUAUCGACAACUACACAUUGAAUUGGUUAAAAAAUGUCGUGAGCCCCAACGAUACGCAGAUAAGCACCGAAAGUUCUGCGAAGACCUCCGUUCCUGUUACACCUACCAUAGACAACUCCAAGGGUAAGCUUAUGAACACAUCAGAUUUCCACUAUGAUCCUGAUCUAAAAGGGGACUUUGAAGGUAUCGACAACAACACAUUGAAUUGGUUAAUAAAUGUCGUGAGCCCAAAUGAUACGCAGAUAAGCACCGAAAGUUCUGCGAAGACCUCCGUUCCUGUAACACCUACCAUAGACAACUCCACGGACGCCUCCAAAAGCCUACUCGAGGGUCGGUCACAAUUCGAACAAAUGGAACAAUGUACGACACCCGAGGGAUGUAAGACCGUUGAUUCGCUGAGUAAUACACAAAACUUCAGUACAUUAAAGUUAGAUGACGCCGGUGAAUUCCAAAUGAAGCAGUACGAAACUUGCGGACGGCGAAAUCCUUCUGGCUUCGACACCCGCAUCAUGUCUGACUCCGAUGAGACGCACUUCGGUGAAUUUCCUUGGAUGAUCGGUGUGCUCCAGGCUAUACCCUAUGACGAGAGUGAACCAAACGGCAAGAAAAUAUUGGCGUACACCUGCGGAGGUUCCCUCAUACACCCUCGUGUAGUGAUGACCACCGCUCAUCAUAUUGACAAGAACAUGACCCUCAAGAUCCGGGCUGGCGAAUGGGACAUAAGCAGUAAGACGGAACUUUAUCCACACCAAGACAGAAACGUCGAUAAAGUUAUCAUUCAUGAAAUGUACAACAACACUAGAGGGAAUUUGCAUUACGAUAUUGCACUACUAAUUCUGGACAAACCGGUGAAACUUCAACCUCACAUCAGUACGAUCUGCUUGCCACCACCAAUGAUGAGACCGCCGGCUGGGACUCGAUGCUUGUCCUCUGGAUGGGGGAAGAAGAAGUUUGGUCAAGGAGAGAAGCUGCAAUUUAUUCUAAAAAAGGUAGAACUGCCAGUAGUGGACCGGAAAAUAUGUCAAGAUAUAUUCCGUACUACUCGCCUUGGGCCAUUCUUUAAUUUGCAUCAGAGUUUCAUGUGUGCUGGUGGGGAGUUCGGGAGAGACACGUGCAAAGGCGACGGAGGCUCACCACUUGCCUGCCCCGUACCGUUUCAGGACAACCGUUACAUGGUGAAUGGCAUGGUGGCUUGGGGCCUGGGCUGCGGGAACCCUUACCCAGCAGUGUAUGUGGACGUGGGCUUCCUGCGCGACUGGAUCGAUGUGAAGAUGAAAGCAGAAGGUUUCGAAACUGACACUUAUACUCAGGAAGUGAUUGUUCAAAUAUCAAAACACACGUGCAAUAAAAAGAUGUACAGGAGUCUAUUAGUGCUGGUGCUGUUGGGACUGUGUCGUGGUCAGUUUGGACGUCCUAAGAACCAGCUACAAGAAACUGAUUUCGACGCCUCCAAAAGCCUACUCGAGAAUCAGACGCAAUUCGAACAAAUGGGACAAUGUAUGACACCUGAGGGAUGUAAGACCUUUGAUUCGCUGAGUUAUACACAAAAAUUCAGUACAUCAAAGCUAGAUGACGCUGGUGAAUUCCCAAAGAAGCAGAACGAAACUUGCGGACGGCGAAAUCCUUCUGGCUUCGACACCCGCAUCGUGUCUGACUCCGAUGCGACGCACUUCGGUGAAUUCCCUUGGAUGAUCGGUGUGCUCCAGGCUAUACCCUAUGACGAGAGUGAACCAAACGGCAAGAAAAUAUUGGCGUACACCUGCGGAGGUUCCCUCAUACACCCUCGUGUAGUGAUGACCACCGCUCAUCAUAUUGACAAGAACAUGACCCUCAAGAUCCGGGCUGGCGAAUGGGACAUAAGCAGUAAGACGGAACUUUAUCCACACCAAGACAGAAACGUCGAUAAAGUUAUCAUUCAUGAAAUGUACAGCAACACUAGAGGGAAUUUGCAUUACGAUAUUGCACUACUAAUUCUGGACAAACCGGUGAAACUUCAACCUCACAUCAGUACGAUCUGCUUGCCACCACCAAUGCUGAGACCGCCGGCUGGGACUCGAUGCUUGUCCUCUGGGUGGGGGAAGAAGAAGUUUGGACAAGGGGAGACGCUGCAAGUUAUUCUUAAAAAGGUAGAACUGCCAGUAGUGGACCGGAAAAUAUGUCAAGAUAUAUUCCGUACUACUCGCCUUGGGCCAUUCUUCAAUAUGCAUCAGAGUUUCAUGUGUGCUGGCGGGGAGCUCGGGAGAGAUACGUGCAAAGGCGACGGAGGCUCACCACUUGCCUGCCCCGUACCAUUACAGGACAACCGUUACAUGGCGAACGGCAUGGUGGCUUGGGGCCUGGGCUGCGGGGACUCUUACCCUGCAGUGUAUGUGGACGUGGGCUUCCUGCGCAAUUGGAUCGAUGAGAAGAUGAAAGCAGAAGGUUUCGAAACUGACACUUAUACGUAUUGA